ACAGGGACCCUUCUGGUGUCAGUAUCCGACAUUCGGUGCAGGCGUUUGUCCAACCUCCACUCCGGAUCCCAGCCUUUUUUUUUUCAUGAGCGCUCUUUCACCGAGAGUCUGAGAGCUCGGCUUCAGCGGAAGCGGCUCUGUAGCAUCCAGUCUGGCCGUAAAGAACGUCGUUGUACUUCCACCAAUGGCGCUGUAAAUGAACCACGCUUGUGCGGAAUUAAAGAAAAGGGACACAGGAUUCACGUCAACGUCGCAAGCUACUUGAAGAGCCACCAUGGAAACGCAGAGGUGGCCGACCAGGUGGAAAACGAAAAAAUGCCUAUGGAGUUCAACGCUUACCGCCGUGCUGUCGUUAACUGUUAUUCUACAAGCUGCCCAAGUCAGAGCAGCUGAACCAGUGGAUGUAUUGAAAGCGCUAGACUUCCAGAGCUCUCCAGAUGGAGUACGAAGAACGACAGGCUUCUGCACGAUGCGGCGAGGAUCCAAACCCGACAGCGCUUACCGAGUGCGAAAACAGGCUCAGAUCAGCGCCCCGACCAGACAGCUCUUCCCAAGUGGAGUCUUCCCUGAAGACUUCUCCAUCAUGUUCACCAUUAAGCCCAAGACUGGCCUCAAGUCCUUCCUGCUGUCUGUGUACAACCAGCAAGGCAUCCAGCAGCUCGGAGUGGAAGUGGGCAGCAAACCCGUGUUCCUAUACGAGGACCAGCACGGCAUGCCUACCCAAGAGCAGUACCCCGUCUUCGAGAAGGUCAACAUCGCUGACGGAAAGUGGCAUCGCGUCGCCAUCAGUGUGGAGAAGCAGAGCGUCACCAUGAUCGUGGACUGUAAGAGGAAGGUGACCAAGCCACUCAAAAGGAGCAACAAGGCUGUCGUCAACACGGAGGGCAUCACUGUGUUUGGGACCAGGAUCCUCGAUGACGAGGUUUUCGAGGGAGACAUCCAGCAGUUGCUGAUCGUGGCCGACCCCAGAGCUGCCUAUGACUACUGUGAGCACUACAGCCCGGACUGUGAAACCCCGAGCCACCACGACAAGCCCCAGGCCCAGGAACCCGAGGAGGAGUACACCAACUAUGACUACGGUGACAUCUACGACUACAGCGAAGGACUGACCACGGACGUCCCCCCCAAUGUUCCCCCUACUGACACGUACAAGGUUGAGGCAGCUGAGGGAGAUUUCUACGCUGGUGAGUAUGACUACACCACCGUGGAUGGGAGUCAGCCGGAGAACCCCACCGAUACUGGCGAUAAAGGCCUGAACUACGAUGAAGAGAUUGUGGACGAUUACAUCACCGGAGUGGAGCAGGUCGGGGUGGACACCACCAACGUCCCGGAGACGCCCGCCCCGCUGGACCCCAACGUGAAGGCCACCACUGACAAUGCUUACGAGUUCAAAGAAUACGACCUAAACGAAUACGACAACAAGGAGAUCGUGGAGAAGCCCUACGAAUACGGAGAUUACGGCGACUACGGCACAGCCGACACCAAAACGUACGAAGAGGAAGUCGGACCGGGCGUCCCGGCGGAGACUGACUUCAGAGAGAGCAGUGUGACUGGAGGUCAGAGUUACCUUGGAGAGAAAGGAGAGAAGGGUGAACCUGCCGUCAUCGAGCCAGGGAUGCUUGUAGAAGGACCCCAAGGAGCCCCCGGCCAAGCAGGUCUUCCUGGGAACCCAGGACUGCAGGGUCCCCCAGGUGCUCCAGGAGAUCCUGGUGAGAGGGGUCCUCCUGGGCGUCCUGGAAUUCCAGGUUCGGACGGGGUCCCUGGUCCUCCAGGUACCAUCAUGAUGCUCCCGUUCCGUGCUGGCGGAGAGUCGCACAAGGGGCCUGUGGUCUCAGCUCAGGAAGCUCAAGCUCAAGCCAUCCUCUCUCAAGCUCGGCUGGCCAUGAGAGGACCUCCUGGCCCGGCGGGUAUGACGGGGAGAUCUGGUCCAGUGGGAAAUCCUGGUUCCUCCGGAGCUAAAGGUGACAGCGGAGACUCUGGACCUCAGGGCCCCAGAGGGCUUCAGGGUCCCACUGGCCCUCCAGGAAAAGCAGGAAAGAGGGGUCGCAACGGUGCCGACGGUGCUCGAGGAAUGCCGGGAGAGUCCGGAGCCAAGGGCGAUCGAGGCUUUGACGGCCUCCCUGGACUUCCUGGAGAGAAAGGACAUCGAGGGGAGCAUGGUCCGACGGGUCCUCCGGGGCCUCCAGGAGAUGACGGUCAUAGAGGAGAGGACGGCCAGGUGGGGCAGCGAGGCGUCGCCGGAGAGAGCGGUCCCAGGGGUUUGUUGGGUCCAAGAGGGUCCCCUGGCCCUGCAGGGCAGCGCGGUCUUCCGGGGAUUGACGGACAAGCUGGUCCCAAAGGAAACAUGGGUCCACAAGGAGAACCAGGCCCUCCUGGUCAGCAAGGUCUCCCUGGUCCUCAUGGUCUUAUUGGUCCUCAAGGUCCCAUCGGGCCUCCUGGUGAAAAAGGCCCUCAAGGAAAGCAAGGUCUGGCUGGACUUGGUGGCGCUGAUGGGCCUCCUGGCCACCCCGGAAAAGAAGGUCCUCCCGGAGAGAAAGGAGCGGCUGGUCAUCCAGGUCCCAUGGGAUCCAUCGGCUACCCCGGACCCCGCGGUGUCAAAGGUGCUGAAGGAAUCAGAGGCCUUAAAGGAGGCAAAGGAGAAAAGGGAGAAGAUGGAUUCCCUGGAUUUAAAGGGGACAUGGGUCUGAAGGGUGACAAGGGAGAGGUUGGUGUUCUCGGACCCCGAGGAGAAGAUGGACCCGAAGGGCCGAAAGGUAACUCCGGGCCCAACGGUGAAACUGGACCGGCUGGAACUGCUGGCGAGAAGGGAAAACUUGGAGUUCCUGGAUUGCCUGGCUACCCUGGAAGACAAGGUUCGAAGGGCUCCACUGGCUUCCCUGGAUUCCCAGGUGCAAAUGGAGAGAAAGGAACAAGGGGAGUCGCUGGCAAACCUGGCCCCAGAGGCCAACGCGGCCCGACGGGACCACGUGGCGGACGAGGAGCACGAGGACCGACCGGAAAGCCAGGUGCAAAGGGAACCUCUGGCAAUGAUGGACCCCCUGGUCCACCCGGCGAACGGGGACCUAAUGGACCUCAGGGGCCUGUCGGUUUCCCUGGACCCAAGGGGCCAAAUGGUCCGCCCGGUAAAGACGGCCUUCCUGGACAUCCGGGACAGAGAGGAGAGACGGGUUUCCAAGGAAAGACUGGACCUCCAGGACCCGGUGGGGUCGUGGGACCACAGGGUCCGACCGGAGAGACUGGCCCCAGUGGAGAGCGAGGACACCCCGGAUCCCCAGGCCCACCUGGAGAGCAAGGUUUGCCUGGCGCUGCUGGCAAAGAAGGAGGAAAGGGUGAUCCAGGUCUCCAGGGUCCCGGUGGCAAGCCAGGCCCGGCAGGUCUUAGAGGCUUCCAAGGUACCAGGGGUCUUCCUGGAGCAAUGGGCCCAGGUGGUUUGAAAGGAGGAGAAGGUCCUCAAGGUCCCCCCGGUCCCAUCGGUUCUCCUGGAGAGAGGGGACCGGCUGGCCCUGGAGGUCCCAUCGGCUUGACCGGGCGCAACGGUCCCCAAGGGCCACCAGGCCCAGCGGGAGAGAAGGGUGGCCCUGGAGAGAAAGGUCCCAUUGGUCCUGCUGGACGUGACGGCAUUCAAGGUCCAGUCGGUCUUCCUGGUCCAGCUGGACCCCAGGGACCCCCUGGAGAGGAUGGUGACAAGGGUGAAGUCGGCGGACCGGGACAGAAGGGAAGCAAAGGAGACAAGGGCGAACUUGGUCCUCCAGGUCCUAGUGGUCUUCAGGGGGUGAUCGGUGCUCCUGGCCCGGCUGGCAGCGACGGCGAGGCGGGACCACGAGGGCAGCAGGGAAUGUUCGGUCAGAAGGGAGACGAAGGAUCCAGAGGAUUCCCAGGUUUGCCGGGACCCGUGGGGCUGCAGGGGUUGCCUGGACCUCCAGGUGAAAAGGGAGAGAACGGUGAUGUGGGAGCCAUGGGUCCGUCCGGUCCUCCUGGUCCCAGAGGUCCACAAGGUCCGAGCGGUGCUAAUGGUGCUCAAGGCCCCACUGGAGGAGUUGGAGGACCAGGAGCAGUUGGAGAAAAGGGAGAAAAUGGUGAAGCUGGUAACCCGGGAUCACCUGGAGAGCCGGGUGUCGGAGGCCCCAGAGGAGAGACUGGAGAGAAGGGAGAAACUGGACCACCUGGAGCUGCCGGACCUGCCGGAGCCCGUGGACCCCCUGGUGACGACGGUCCCAAAGGAAACCCUGGUCCUGUUGGCUUCCCCGGAGACCCAGGACCCCCUGGAGAGCCUGGUGUUGCUGGUCUCGACGGUUUAGCAGGUGACAAGGGAGAUGACGGAGAGGCCGGUCAGCCGGGCCCACCUGGUCCUUCUGGUGAGGCGGGAGUACCUGGACCUCCUGGUAAACGGGGGCCCGUUGGAGCCGCCGGCCCCGAGGGUCGACAGGGUGAGAAAGGAUCCAAGGGAGAAGCCGGAGCGGAGGGACCUGUCGGGAAAACCGGACCUGUGGGACCCCAGGGGCCCAACGGCAAGCCUGGUCCUGAGGGUCUGCGUGGAAUCCCGGGCCCUGUGGGUGAACAAGGACUCCCCGGUGCUUCUGGUCAGGAUGGACUUCCAGGACCGAUCGGACCCCCUGGACUUCCUGGCAUGAAAGGCGACUCCGGAGGAAAAGGAGAGAAGGGCCACCCCGGCCUCAUCGGCCUCAUCGGACCCCCUGGUGAACCUGGAGAGAAGGGAGACAGGGGACUUCCUGGACCACAGGGGCUUGCUGGAGGAAAGGGUGAUGCUGGUCUUGGUGGAAACCAAGGACCCCUCGGUCCUCCUGGACCCCCUGGUGUUCCCGGCACUCAUGGACAGAAGGGCUCCAAAGGAUCCACUGGCUCAGCCGGUCAGAAGGGAGACCCCGGAAUGAUCGGACCACCCGGACCCCCUGGUCCACCUGGUGACGCCAUCCAGCCGCUGCCCAUCCAGCAGUCUGGCAAACGCGCCCGGCGCCAGGUCGGAGCGCAGGGAGACCAGUCCUUCCCGGACUACGGAUUGGAGGAGGGCAUGGAGGACGUGUUCGGGUCCCUCAACAACCUCAAGCAAGACAUCGAGCGCAUGAAGUUCCCCAUGGGGACGCAAGACAAUCCCGCCAGGACCUGCAACGACCUGCGCCUCAGCCAGCCGGACUUCCCCGACGGCGAGUACUGGAUCGACCCCAACCAGGGCUGCAUCGGAGACUCCAUCAAAGUCUUCUGCAACUUCACAGCAGGCGGGGAAACCUGCAUCUACCCGGAUAAGAAGUCGGCAGGAGUCAGGAUCUCCAACUGGCCCAAGGAGUCGCCGGGCUCCUGGUUCAGCGAGUUCAAACGAGGGAAAAUCCUCAACUACGUGGACGUGUCGGAGAACACCAUCACUCCGGUCCAGAUGACCUUCCUGAAGCUGCUGAGCUCGGCGGCCCGCCAGAACUUCAGCUACACCUGCCACCAGUCGGUGGCCUGGUACGACGCCAAGGCCGACAGCUACGACAAGGCGCUGCGCUUCCUGGGCUCCAACGACGAGGAGAUGUCCUACGACAACAGCCCCUUCAUCAAGCCGCUGACGGACGGCUGCUCGGUGAAGCAGGGCUACUCCAAGACGGUGCUGGAGGUCAACACUCCCCGUAUCGACCAGCUGCCCAUCAUCGACGUCAUGCUGAAUGACUUUGGCGACUCGCAGCAGAGGUUCGGCUUCGAGGUGGGACCCGUCUGCUUCCUCGGCUAGACUCGCCCGCCCCGCCACCCCCCCACCCCCGCCCGCUGAAAGACAGGGUCAGAGGCUCCGCCCCGCCACCUCUCGCCUCCCUGCCGAGAAACUCCUGUGUUUUCGUUUGUCGCCAAAGAUCCACUAAAGCCCCUGGAAGCAGAAGAGCGCCCCCUGCCCUGUCAUGACUCGCCGACCAGGGGAGUCUCCUCCUCGCCCUUGUGGGGCCACAAUCACCUGACUUUAUCUCAGAAAGGGAGCGACAUCAGGAAAAGGACAUCUGAUGCCGGACCUUCAGCGACAGAGCACCCGCCCCUGACCCCUGACCCUUGACCCCUGACCCCCACGCCUCAUGCCCCGGGUGUUGAUCAAACCACAGAGGUGCUUUUGUGCAGAACCACAAAACACAGGUGCUAAAAAAGUGCUUUUUUUAUUGAUAAAACUGUAAUUAUUAUUAUUAUUUUGUACAAUAUUGUUCCUUCCGAAUCCACUUUAAAAUAAACCUGCAUGUGUCCCAGCUUUUAAUAUAUAUAUAUAUAUUUUAAUUUCAUCAAUGUGUUUAGGGUUUUUUUUGUUAAGAAUUGCUACGGAUGAGAAGCAGAACAACAACUUGUAAAGAGUGAUCAAUUGAAGUGUAAAUAAUAGGACUGGAACGCUCCGAUAUUUUAUUGUCACGCGAGGAACUCAAGCCAUGACAUACUAAUUUAAUCCCGAUCAUUCCUCCACAUUUCCAAAUCGUUUUUACGCUUCGGUUUUUGUUUUCAAAGUAGGUCGUGUCAAGUUUCACGGGAAUCUCUCUAAACGCCAUGUUUCAUGUGCCUUACAAUUGUUCUUUUUAAGAUAUUAAAACUGGAUUCUGAACAUGGUUUCACCUCA